CCCCUCCUGUUCCAUUCGUCAUCUUCCGUCCCAGAGAGAUGACUCCGUGAACCUCUCUUGUCUCGCAUGCGGCUUCAGUGAGCUUUCGAGGACACGACGGCAACGACUAAUCUGAUCUUCGCCGCCGUGAGUUACCGGGGUUUCUGCCAUCUUUACUUCUACCCGGAGUACGUCCAGGGUGUUCGCUCAAAUUAAACCCUGCAAUUAUCCAUUAUCCCCAAGGGACGGCAUUCUGAACCGUCGAUACGUUCGUUACCUUCAUCACCACCACUUUCUCUUUCCGAUCCCAGAGUUCGUCUCGUAGAGAAACUCCUCGGGCCUGCUCUCUGCUGCAUCCUUGCUUCGAAACCCGUUCAGCGCCCACUGCACAAGCCGUUUACCCCGGCAGUCCCUCCAGCCAUGUACUGACACCCAUGGGGCUUCGCCAACGGCAAUAUUGUCAACCAUAUUCCGUUACAUUGACGUCCCCUGAAUCCCCCCUUCACAUCUCUAGCUGGGAGAAGGCGACCAAAAAAUCUUCUGAUCUCUUUCGCCAUAGGCACCUUGGUCAUGUCUGCAUACCAAAUGUCUUCCGAAAUCCCUUGGCAACAUGACCCUUAUUACGAUGCUUCCCCUCCACGCACCCCUCCCCGCCAUGUCAAUUACAUAGAUAGCCAGAAUGGACUCCUAGGCACGCGAUCUUCCUUUCCGGAAACCUUUCUUGACGACAUUACUCCAAUCGACGGGAACCAACACGAAGACUCAGGAGAUGACGAGAGAGAUCCCCAUGACCUUUCGUUAUCUCCGCAGCACGGCACCAGAACUUCCGUCGUCGAUAACAUGCUCCUUUCAUUAGAUCAGUUUUCAGAGGCCAAUUUCCAUUCUCCGGAGGAACCACAUCGCUCCCGGUCGCAAGACCCCGACCCCUACACCUUGUAUUCCCGUUAUGCGACUGCAUACUUCAGUCGUCAUCGUGGUCACACCCUCUCUUCUUCCCUUUCUUCGGAAAUAGAACGAUUUGAUGAUAGCGGCAGCCGUUAUUGUGGCCAAUCUGCACGUGGACGUCGCAGCAAUAGCAGCUCCAAUUUCCAGUCCACGAUCCGACGGGUUGAUGACGUCGAUAGCGGAACAGAAAAACUGAGCAAUCGCAGCAGGGUCUUCGAGGCACAACGGGCGACAAUGGGCAAGCAAUCUUCCCGAUGCUUGAGGAAUGGAAGCCGCAGCAGCGAUUCUUCCGGACUCGACAUUACCCAAAUGUUGGCGGGUAGUCGUAUUGGUAGAGGAAGGCGUUCCAUUAGUUUCGAUUACGGCGCAGACGGCCCAGCGACAUUACCGGUGGAUAAUGCCAUGUUACUCUAUGACGACAUCAACGCCGCACCUACACCCAAUGUGCCCGUGGGGCCACGAAGAAGCAAUUCUCGUGCCGUUAAGGAUUACUCCAAUUCUCAAUAUGUGGCCACUGGGAACGGUCGGACUCCUGCUUUGUCUCGCAAGAACAGUACUAAGUCUGCGCGGAGCAUGUACAACAAAAAGGGACGGUCUGAUACCUUAGGAACGACCACUAUCAGAGGACGGCCUGACGACAGUAGGCACCUUCGAGACAAUCGCCACGAUAUCCCUCCGAUGCCGCCCCACGCCCGUAUACCUGCCCCUAGCCCCACAAUUGCACUCCACAAACCGGUUCAAUUCCCCCCUCCCGUGGAAUCUGUCACCCCACCGCCCAAAGAACGAUACGGCUUCUUUCGACGAGUUUUUGGAUCGUACAAGUCGUCGUCACCUCCUCAACCGGAGAAAACACAGAGUUACGCUCGGGAUAAUGAAGGUUUCUGUCGGCCCAGGGAAUCACAGAGCGCUCCCAACAGUUCUAAGGGCUAUCCUCAACAUGGCCAGUACGGCGUGGGUCGCGAAAAUACUUCAAUCGUGACUAAAAAGCCAUCAUCUUUCUUCCGCCGACGAAAGAAAUCCUCGACAGAUCAUGUUCCACCCCCGUUGGUUAUACCUAAUUCUAAUCUGAAACUUGUUCAUGCACAAGGAAACGUAGACGCGGAGGCGAGCCCGAGCGGUAGCCUCCGUGAGCUUAUGAAGCCCUACAUGACCGGGGCCUCUUCUCCUGGCGUUAACGAAUCAAAAAUGUUUACAGAACCUGAUGCACAUUUGGCUAGACUCGAGAUUGAGCCCGGAAAUCAACACCCCGUGAGAGAGGCACCAAGAGAUAUGGUUGGAAGCAAGCGUCCGUAUACGGAUGGUAGAUCGGAAUUUUCACAUGUCAACAGCACUUCAAACGCAAAAACUGGCAUUGAUCCGAAUUCCGCGCUCUCUAACCGCGGUGAUUCUUUCUUGGUGGAUAGCAGUGGGAAUGAAGGCGCUCCCAAACAAAGCCCUGAGGAUUUAUCUAAACGCCCUAAGACAAGCCCUGUUCCUGAGACAUCGUUACGUAACGCUAUGUUAACUGGCAAUGGAAGUAAACAGAACUCAAAAGUGGCUACUCGAGUUGACAACAAACUCUCUGUUAGCACGGGCAUGCAUGUGCGAGAGGAAGCCCGCCCUAAACCUGUCCCAUCGUCAGAUCCAAAGCAUGAGCCAACCAAGCCGGCGUCACUGCUCGAAGGGUCGGUCCAAUCCCCUCCAGUUUCAGCAGCAACCACCGUCUCUACUUAUCAGACUGCCUUGAAUACACCCCUUAUGAGUCCCGCUGAAGACCUCAAUUCAAACCUCGGAAAAAUGAUAACGACGUCUCCCUCGCCGAUUGAAGAAAGUGAGGGUCAGAGACGGGAGGAUGCGGCCGACAUUGGCACCUGCGGAAGCCCCAGUGCCGCAGAUCGGGACCAAGCUCAGAAGCUUUACGACUCGGUCGAGGAUGGCCAGAAGGCUGAGCUUACAGCCACAUGGCUUGGAAACCCUGACAGAGCUGGGGUCAGAAAGGCGUAUCUAGAUUUGUUUGAUUGGUCGGGUAUGGAUAUUUUGGCCGCCAUGCGUAGCUUAUGCUCGAAGAUGGCUCUAAAGGGCGAAACACAACAAGUCGAUCGGGUCCUCGAUGCAUUUUCAUCUCGUUGGUGUGAAUGCAAUCCAAACCAUGGAUUCAAAGCAACAGAUGUUGUACAUACGAUAUGUUAUUCUCUUUUACUUUUGAAUACCGACCUUCAUUUAGCCGACAUUGAACAAAAGAUGACACGGAACCAGUUCAUUCGUAAUACCAUGCCCACGAUUGAGAGAGUCGUGGCGGAUGCGGCGCCUGACGCAUUUGAGGGCAUCGUCUCCAACAAACUCCACCGGCCUCGAAGCACUGACAAUAGUGGGUCACAGCCGGGGAGGGCUUCAACCCCCUAUGGUGAGAGGGAUGACAACGAAACGAACAUUGCGUCAAACUUGCUAAACACUCCACAAGAUAAUAUUUCAAAAGCAACCGCUGCGGCUAACAUCCCUAAUAUCAAUGGUGGUGAUAUCUCAGCUGCUAGUUCUAUCCAACUUGUGAAUGUUCCAUUCCGAGGCACGAAAAAGGCGUGGGAAAAUCAGAUCGAAUCGGCUCUCAAGGAGUUCUACAAUUCCAUCCAGAAGCGGCGGCUUCCAUUGCGCGGAGCCCAGGCGGAGCCUGAGGAACAGCAGCCUUCCAAUAAUUUCCUAACGCUUACAAGCAACGUGUUACGAAGGACACCAAGUACCCUAAGCAGAGCCACUACAUCAGAUCUUUUUACCCGUGGUCGCCCCACGGAUCAUCGGUUGUCCACGGCUCGAUGGGCAUCCAAACCAAGGUCACGACCGCGCAUGUAUCCGCCAUCUACGAUGACGUCCAGUCGCACUAGUUUAGAUGAUCAAUCAGUUUGGUCACCAACGGCAUCCAGCACAUGGAGCAAGGCCUCCUUGGGUAAAACACUAACGUCUAUGUCGGUCGAUUCUUUGGGUUCUGAGUACCCGCGAGGUGACUAUCAGCAGUCGAUUGGAUUCGCAAAUGCAUUGAGCCAUGCUAUCAUCAGGGAGGAUUCUGCUAGCUGCAUUUUUGGAACGGAAGACUCUACGCGUGCGGAAUCCUUACUCGAGGAUGACACGUUAGAGCUAGCUGGAGCACCAUGGGCGAAGGAGGGGAGCUUGAAACAUAAACACCACCUUGACUCUGUCGAUAAACGAGCGAAGGAUAGGAACUGGAAUGAAACUUUCGCGGUCAUUCAGCGAGGGUGGAUGCGGUUGUUUUCUUUUAAUUCGUUAACCAAGUCGACGCGGCUGAAGCCUAAGCAGAGACAAAACGGUGGUAUCGUCGUUGGCGGAGGGAAUUGGAUGGAGAAUGCAGAGGAAACAUGGAAAUUCCUCUUGCGCCAUACGAUAGCCAGCGCAUUGCCGCAGCCAGGAUACUCCAAGUCCCGACCUUAUGUUUGGGCGUUGAGUCUCCCUACUGGAGCAGUCCACUUAUUCCAAGUUGGCACACCAGAAAUUGUCAAGGAGUUCGUUUCCACAGCAAACUACUGGAGCGCCAGACUCUCUAAAGAGCCUAUGUUCGGUGGAAUCAGCAACAUCGAGUACGGCUGGAGUGAUGCCGUCAUAAAUCAUGCUCUGACUCAACCCGAGGACCAUAAACCCACGAGCUCCUCUGGAACUCGACUCAGUAUUCAGAGCUCCAUUCGGAGCUCGAUCGAUCAACAAAGCGUUCGCCCACGGCUUCCUGCUGAUAGAAUUCACAUCAGCGAUUGGAUGCCACCGCAACAAAGCAUGAUUGCAUCAACCCUUACCGAAAGAGAGCAGCUUGAUGCACUCCGCUCCUACGUAAAAUACGUGGAAGAAGAGCUGAAACGCCAUAAUGAGCUUCGACCAGCCAUGGUGCUUGCCUUUACCCCUCGACACCCGAAUGCAACUAAGUCGCUUGCUAAUUGGGAACGCAAGUCGUCCUAUCUCCUUCGGGAGAUUGUCAAGUUUCGGACCUAUAUUGAUUGUUUACAAGCUGCCCGGGUUCAAAAAGAGAAAUUUGAUAGUUCCCUUCGUCCAGAAGAACAGGAAGCCAAAGGAGAGGAGCAACCCGAGACUCCUCAUCCUAUAUUAGGCGACAUCACGCUGGCCGACUAAUUAUUGCCGACUGAUCAGCAUAACUCAAACUUUUCAUUUGUUUGCUCGGUGACCUCAUCACGUUCAGGCGUUCUUAUAUCUUCCGUUUUAUUACUUCAGUAAAAAGUCGACGCAAUUCUUAUGACAUGAUACACAGCUUCCUUUUUUUUUUUUCAAGCGUUGUAUUUGUUUCGACCCUCGACAAUUAUCACCCUUUUACCUUAAACCCCCCCACCCUUUUUUUUUUUAUUCGAGUUAUUCCCACUGAACUCGAAAGUCCCUUACCUUUCGACUCUCUGAUUUUUCAUGCCUUAUGCCCACCAUUGUCUUAUGAUUAAUACAUCUUUACCCCUAUUACAUACUUUUAAUAAGUUAUUCCGGAUAGUACUUUACCUUCUUACAGCAUAUGUAUAUAUGGUUGAAAUGAAGAAUGAGAUAUGUUUAUCCAAUAGCGAG